CGACAACACUUUUGGGUUAGUUCGAUUGGUUCUGGUUCUAAGAAAGGUGUUCUUCUUCUCGUCGACUAUCUUCUGGGGGAUUGCAGGAAGAAAAAAUGCUCUCUUCCCCAAAUCUUUGUCAGCCAAUGAAUGGACUCAAAGACAUCGUCGAGACACGAGAUUUUAAGGCAUGGUUAUUAGAUCAGUAUGGAGUCCUUCAUGAUGGCAAAAAACCUUACCCUGGCGCAAUCUCAACUUUACAGAAUCUUGCAACAGUGGGUGCCAAGAUAGUGAUCAUAAGUAACUCCUCUAGACGUGCUUCUACUACAAUGGAAAAGUUGAAAGGUCUUGGCUUUGAUCCUUCUUUCUUCUCUGGAGCUAUAACCAGUGGUGAACUUACCCAUCAAUCUUUACAGAGGAGAGAUGAUCCUUGGUUCGCUGCACUAGGAAGACGUUGUAUUCACAUUACCUGGAAAGAUCGAGGAGCAAUCUCUUUGGAGGGUCUAGACCUAAACGUUGUGGAGAAUGUGGAAGAAGCAGAAUUUGUUUUAGCUCACGGCACUGAAGCCAUAGGACUUCCUUCAGGAGGUGUAUCUCCUAUGCCUCUCGAUGAGCUUGAGAAGAUUUUGGAGAAAGCUGCAGCUAGAGGACUCCCCAUGAUCGUUGCCAAUCCAGAUUACGUUACUGUUGAAGCAAACGUGUUUCACAUCAUGCCAGGUACACUGGCUGCCAAGUAUGAAGAGCUUGGAGGAGAAGUGAAAUGGAUGGGAAAGCCUCACAAGAUGAUCUAUGAGUCAGCUAUGGCAAUUGCAGGAGUUAAUAAUCCAGGGGAGGCUAUAGCAGUAGGAGACUCGCUUCACCAUGAUAUAAAGGGAGCAAAUGUUUCAGGGAUUGAAUCAGUUUUCAUCACUGGAGGGAUCCAUGGUAGUGAGCUUGGUCUCACUUCUUUUGAUGAAACUGCAAGUCUAGACGAGGUCAAGUCCCUUACUGCUAAACACAAUGCAUUCCCGUCAUAUGUUUUGUCUGCGUUUAAAUGGUAGUGUUCAUUGUAUACAAAUCAUGUUAUAUUUGCUUCUUCAACUAGAUUUUGCCUUCAUUUAAGACUUGAGAAAGCAAUUCAAUAAGUUCACUGUCUGUAAAAGUAAACAUUUAUUGCUGUGUGAAUGAGAGUAAAGUCAGUUGAUGAGCUUUGGUCUAUUUUCAAUAGAG